CAAACACACAUAAUCGCGGUGUUAUGGACGGUGACCGAAUUGGGCGGUUAUAUUCGACCUCUCAUGGCGUCGAGUGCCAGCGGUGAGCGAAAAGCUUCGGCGUCGCACUCGCGCUCCAUCAGAGGCACCACUCCACGACUUCACGACCUCGCAUCCACCCCUGAAGCUCCCCGAACGCCGCCGCUUCUUCGCUCGACGUCGUCCCUAUAUGGCUCCCCAGGCGGCAGCUUUCGAACCGAGGAUGAAUAUGUAGUCCUAGAACUUGGUUCACGAUUUGUACGCGGCGGAUUCCCCGGCGAAAGCACCCCUAGAUGCACGCUUUCCUUUGGACCCGAGCACCAGAGAAGAGUAGGCGAUUACCGAGAAUGGGAUCCUGAAUAUGCACAGAAGCGACGCAAGAGGCGGAAAGGACAGGACUGGGGCGAAGACUACGAGCUCUAUCGGAUGGAUAUCGCCAAUCUAGACCUCGACCUCGUGGCCGAUAAAUUCGACCGAGUGGUGCGGGAAGCAUACACGAAGUACUUCCUGCUCGACCCGAAGCCCCGACGAAUCCUCCUAGCACUACCACCACGCAUGCCGCAUCCCCUCAUCUCGACCCUCCUCGCCGUCCUCUUCGACUCCUGCCAAGCCCCCAGCAUCACCCUCCUCUCCUCCCCCGUCCUCGCCACCGUCGCUGCAGGCCUGCGCUCCGCCCUCGUCGUCGACAUCGGCUGGGCCGAAACCGUCGUCACCGCCGUAUGCGAAUACCGCGAGGUGCACGAACGCCGCACCAUCCGCGCCGGCAAGCUCCUCAGCCAGGAAAUGGCCAGACUCCUCAACGCCCACCUCGAAGCCGACGUCCCCCCCAACGCCCCGAAACCCGACAUCUCCUUCGAGGAAGCCGACGAGGUCCUCACGCGCGUCGGGUGGUGCAACACCCGGCCCAAAUCCAACAGACGCACCAUGUACUUCCCCGCGCGCACCUCGCCCAUCCUGGAGGAAUUCGAAGACGCGCCCGAAACCCCGGAACCCAGCGUCACCAUCCCCUUCCCUCGAAACACGCCCCCUACCAACCUCAGCAUCGCGUUCAAGGAGCUGGCGAAACCGGCCGAGAAGGCGCUCUUCGCUACCGAUACCCCGCUGAGCGACUUUGACGACCACGAACUCCCCCUCCACCACGUGGUCUACCGCGCCUUGCUCGCGCUGCCCAUUGACGUCAGAAGGCUCUGCAUGUCGCGCAUCGUCAUCACGGGCGGGGUAUCCAACCUCCCUGGCCUGAAGACCCGCAUCCUCGCCGAGGUGGAAGCGCUCGUCCAACAGCGUGGCUGGGAUCCCGUCCGUUCGUAUGGCUCGGCCAGCGCAAGGCACGAGCAGACAUUGCGCCAGCAGAAGGAGAAGGUGGAGCUGCGCAGGGACGAGGGCGCGGAUAAGGUAUCGGAAUUGCUGCUAAGUCCGGGGGCCGAACAGACGCUUCCCCCUGCUGGCCUGCGGGAACCCGAAGUCGAUGCCAUGGACGUGAAACUCGCUAACAUGGCCCUCAAGCACGGUCCACCUCCCGCGUGUAAUGCAGGCGGUGAGAUCCGCGGCGUCGAGACGUUGGGCGUCUGGGCGGGAGCGAGUCUUGUCGCGCAGCUGCGGGUCAGGGGGAUUGUGGAGAUUGAUCGCGAGAGGUUCCUCAAGGAUGGAUUGUUUGGCGCGAGUAUGGAGAAGGAGGUCAGCGUUGUGCCGCAGAGGCAGAGUAUGGGUCCUGGAGUUGUGGGGAGGGGAGGUGGAGAUAGAGCUAGUUGGACGUUGGGGGUGUGGGCUUAGUUUGUUGGUUGGUUUGUUGGAAGCCGUACAGGUGAGGGUGGGAAAGGCAUUGUGUGGGGGAUGUUGGAGGAAUGUGGUGUUGGAGCUUUGAUACCCCUUUAGCAGUGCCAUUUUUGGCGGUGAUAAUCAACGAAAC